AUGUGGUCUAGUACCAUCUUCGCUGCCACCACCCUGGCCACCUUUCUGAAGGGUGUCUCCAGCGCUCCCUCCCCCUCCACCGACAAAGCCCCGAACGGAAUUGCCGGCUACAACAUAGUCGACGUUUCCUGGGACCUCCCCGUCAAGCUUGAACGACCCCACCAGACGAGAUCGUCACCGUGA